CUUUAUGAUCUCACACACAUUUGUCAUCUCCAUUGUUAAAAACAUUUCUUCCCAGAAAGCAAGAAUCUUUAAAAAGCCACUCAAUGACACGAGGCGAAAUAUCUCUUUUUUCCAAUAUAUAAAUAAUUGUAAUUCAUUCUUUUGAAAUCUGGGUUUAUUCGACAAAAAGGGGUUUGUUUUGUUUUCUUCUUCAAGUAUCUCUGAAUCGUUUCAAAAGCUUCAUUAUUCAUCAACUUAACUAACGACGGAGAUCUCAAGACGACCCUCGACUCUCUCACGAUAUCAAACUCUUAUUGGGAUGUGGAGAGUUCUAAUCCGUUUAAAAUCUGGAUGACGUUAUGCAGAAGCGGAGAAUCAUCACUGUGGAUCCAUCGACGUCUAUUGAGAUGAGACAGUACAGUAACAAUGAUGUUCCUUACUCAAGUGUCGGUGAUGAUGAGGUUCCGUCAUCGCCUAAAGCUACCGAUAAGAUUCGGAAAGUUUCGAUGUUGCCACUUGUUUUCCUCAUUUUCUAUGAAGUCUCAGGAGGUCCUUUUGGUGUAGAGGAUAGUGUGAAUGCUGCUGGACCAUUGUUAGCUCUUUUAGGGUUUGUGAUCUUUCCUUUCAUUUGGAGUAUUCCUGAGGCUUUGAUCACUGCGGAGAUGGGCACAAUGUUUCCCGAGAAUGGCGGUUAUGUCGUGUGGGUCUCCUCUGCUUUGGGGCCAUUUUGGGGGUUUCAGCAAGGUUGGAUGAAAUGGCUUAGUGGUGUUAUUGAUAAUGCGUUGUAUCCUGUUCUGUUUCUUGAUUAUUUGAAAUCUGGAAUCCCGGCUCUAGGUAGCGGUUUGCCGAGAGUUGCAGCGAUCUUGGUGUUGACUAUUUUGUUGACGUAUCUGAACUACAGGGGACUAACUAUAGUUGGUUGGGUUGCUGUGCUUAUGGGAGUUUUCUCGAUCCUUCCGUUUGCUGUGAUGGGUUUGAUUUCGAUUCCGCAGCUAGAGCCUUCGAGAUGGCUUGUAAUGGACUUAGGGAAUGUGAACUGGAAUUUGUAUCUAAACACGCUUUUCUGGAAUCUAAACUAUUGGGAUUCGAUCAGCACACUAGCUGGUGAAGUCGAAAACCCAAACCAUACGCUUCCAAAGGCUUUGUAUUAUGGUGUGAUCUUAGUUGCUUGUUCUUACAUCUUCCCUCUUUUGGCUGGAAUCGGGGCAAUCCCGCUAGAGCGUGAGAAAUGGACAGAUGGGUAUUUUUCUGACGUGGCCAAAGCUCUCGGUGGAGCAUGGUUGAGAUGGUGGGUUCAAGCGGCUGCAGCUACAUCAAACAUGGGAAUGUUUCUAGCCGAGAUGAGUAGUGACUCUUUUCAGCUUCUCGGAAUGGCUGAGCGCGGUAUGCUUCCCGAGUUCUUUGCCAAAAGGUCACGUUACGGGACACCUUUACUAGGGAUUCUGUUUUCAGCUUCAGGCGUUGUGCUCUUGUCCUGGCUAAGCUUUCAAGAGAUUGUAGCUGCAGAGAACUUACUCUACUGCGUUGGAAUGAUCUUGGAGUUUAUAGCAUUUGUUAGAAUGAGAAUGAAACACCCGGCUGCAUCAAGACCGUACAAAAUACCUAUUGGAACCACAGGUUCGAUCCUCAUGUGUGUCCCUCCAACCAUACUGAUCUUUGCUGUUGUAGCACUCUCGUCUCUUAAAGUAGCUGCAGUGAGCAUUGUGAUGAUGAUCAUUGGUUUCGUAAUGCAUCCUUGUCUGAACCAUAUGGAUCGAAAGAGAUGGCUCAAGUUCUCCAUCAGUUCUGACUUACCGGACCUUCAGCAGGAGACUCGGGAGUACGAAGAAACUCUAAUACGUUAGCAGUGUUCUUUGUUCUUUGCCUCAUCUAUGUUUAAGUACAGAGCCAAAAAGCUUGAAUUUUAUGGUCUGUUCAGUGUUCUCUGCUUAUUCACAGCUUGUUCUAAAAGUUGUAGUUUUUUCGUAAAUACGGUUUUAAUAAAAUGUGCAAUGCUUUUGUAUCU